ACUCCAGAUGAGAGUUUUUUCGGGGGCAUUGUUGGAAGGAUUUCGCAUUAUUUUAUUCAGUAGUAUGUCAGAAUAGCUCACUACCUGUGAUAACUGCCUUAAUAAUGGCUGACACUGACUUGAUGCUGGCAAGCCAGCAUGUCUCUUCUGACAAAACACCAGUGCAGUUGCUUCAUGAAUACGGCACUAAAACUGGCAAUGUGCCUUUUUAUAUGAUGGAGAGAGCAGAUGGAGAAGCCCACCAACCUCUCUUCAUCUUUAACGUUACCAUUGGGGACAUCACCUGUACAGGUCAGGGUCCCUCUAAAAAAGCUGCUAAACAGGAGGCUGCGACGGCAGCUUUGAAAAUACUGGAGUUGGAAAUUGAAAAUGGCCCUCAAAAUCAAAGAACUGAAAAUAAUGGUUGUGGUGCUGAAGCAAAUGACCAGCCUAAUCCAGUGGGAAUACUACAGGAGCUGGCAAUGCAGAGGUGUUGGCGUCUGCCAGAAUACAUAGUAUGUUUAGAAGCAGGUCCAGAUCAUCAGAAAGAGUUUACAGUUAUUUGCCGCUUGGAGACUCUCUCAGAAAAAGGUACAGGGAGCUCUAAAAAGAAUGCCAGAAGAGUAGCAGCAGAAAAGAUGUUGGAAAAGCUACAAAGUCUCUCAGGGUCUACUGAGAUUACAUGGAAUCCAAAACCGCAUGUCUAUUUGGAGAGUUUGAAGAAUUCUGACUUGGAGAAGAUUUCGUUACUGAGGAGGAAUCCUCUCAGUAUUCCCAAUACAGAUUAUGUACAGCUGAUGCUGGAGUUGUCUCAGGAGCAAGGCUUUGAGGUCACAUAUUUUGACAUAGAUGAACUUACAGUAAACGGACAGUACCAGUGUUUGGCUGAGCUUUCCACUAUGCCAGUUACCGUAUGUCACGGUACAGGAAUCUCGUGUAGUAAUGCACACAAUGAUGCAGCUCACAGUGCUCUGCAGUACAUUAAGAUCAUGGCCAGCACCAAAUAAUCACCAACUAAGCCUUUUAGUCCAUACUGCAUCAAUAAGAUUUAAAGUACCCAGCAUGAACAAAUUGGAUCAUUUUGUUUGAAAGUGUGCUGUGAAUUUUUUUAAGGUUGGAUGCAACUACAGAUACCUGUCUGAAUCUAUGAAAUCAGUUAUUUAUUGGGAGAGAUUUAUUUAUUCCUGAUUGAGGGUGGUGGUGGCAUGUAGGCAUCAUGGAAUACUUUAUAUAUGAAAUGAAGAGGUUUUUUUUGUGUGAGAGUCAUUUUCCUCAUAAAAGCCGGCCCCUUUUUUUUUUUUUUUUUUUAAUUUAAACCACCAGUUGCUGUCACACUCUAACAGAACAUUAUAUAAACACUAUGGUAUCUUCACAAGAUUUCAUGGUUUAAAAAAAGUUAACCAGGCUUUACCUGAUGGAACAAGUUGGGAGGCAAAAAUGAGGAAAUUUGGAUAGAGAGAAUGACUAAUAUAAAGUGUGCUGUUAAUGAAGUAUUUUGUUUUUCCCUUGAUGUUUUAUGUGAAAAUAGAACAUGUGAAACAUGGUGUGAAAAUAUAUUUUGAAGUUGUUUUGAA